UAUUCAUCAUAACCGGAAAUUUAACCGGUGAGGCUAUUCCAGUGUUUCACUAGCAGAAUGUGCUCUUCUCUACUGUCCUACUUUUUAAUAAUCCUAGCAGCGUCCCUGAGUCAGGCUCUUAUUCGGGUAAGCUGCUUGGAAUUUAAUUUUUCAUCCUUCCAGAAAGAAGAUGAAAGUUUGCUCAUCUUGAGCCGGAAUUCUUACAUAGUCAAUGGAGCCAUCCAAGUUACUCCGGAUUUUACUGGAGAUCCCAUAGUAAAUUUCUCAGGACGAGCCUUGUAUAAGAAACCCUUUGGGCUUUGGAAAGACAAUGGCACCACCGCUUCCUUUAAUACAACUUUCGUCCUCAAUAUCCAAAAGCGAACGUCUCCUGGCGGUGAAGGCCUGGCCUUCGUAAUAACCACGAAUUCUGGUCUUCCAGAGAACAGCGAAGGAAAAUGGCUCGGGAUUGUAAAUUCGACUUUGAAUGGUUCUUCUCAAGCUAGGGUGGUGGCGGUGGAAUUUGACACAAGGAAGAGCUACGCUGAAGACUUGGAUGGAAAUCAUAUUGGCUUAAACAUAAACAGCAUCGACUCAAUUGAGCAAGUGUCUUUAACCAGCUACGGUGUUAAUAUUUCAGGAGGUGAGGAUUUAAGGGUACAUCUUCAAUAUGACGGUAAAAACUUGACAGUUUUUGUGGGGGACAACAAGACUCUUGUGCUUUCUCGGCCUCUUAAUCUCUCUGCCUAUCUUCCACAGAAGGUUUUUGUUGGAUUCUCUGCUUCAACAAGCAAUGAGACAGAACUAAACUGUGUCAAAUCGUGGGCAUUUUUUGGAACAGAUAUUGGAGGUGGUCGAAAUUUGUUGUGGGUUUGGAUCACGGUUCCGGUAGCGAGUCUGGCUCUGUUAAUCGGGGUUGCCUUUUACUUGUGUUGGAGGAGGGUACCCACGGAGGGGGAUUUGGAGGGUGCACAAGGGAACAUAGAAGAUGAGAUUAAACGUUCCAAUAUGGCUCCAAGGAAGUUUCGAUUGAAAGAAUUGAAACUAGCAACUAGCAAUUUUAGCCCCAAGUACAAGCUUGGGAAAGGUGGGUUCGGAACUGUCUACAAGGGAUCCUGGAAAAGCAAGGACGUAGCUGUCAAAAGAGUAUCGAAGAAGUCACAUCAAGGCAAGCAAGAAUUCAUAGCAGAAGUAACAACAAUUGGCAACCUCAAUCACAAAAACCUUGUGAAGUUAAUCGGAUGGUGCUAUGAAAGUCGCGAACUCCUUCUUGUGUACGAGUACAUGCCAAACGGAAGCCUUGAUAAGUUCAUCUUUUGCGACGACAAGGCAAGCAUGGAGGAAUCAACAUUAAGCUGGGAGCAAAGGCUAAGCAUAAUAAAAGGAGUGGCUCAAGCACUAGAGUAUCUUCACAAUGGUUGUCAGAAGAGAGUGCUUCACCGCGACAUAAAAGCCAGCAACAUAAUGUUGGAUUCAAAGUUCAACGCGAAGCUAGGAGAUUUUGGAUUGGCUAGAACUAUUCAAGAAAAAGAAAAGACACACCACUCCACGAUUGAGAUUGCUGGCACACCUGGUUACAUGGCCCCAGAGACCUUUCUCAUUAGCAGGGCCACGGUUGAAACGGAUGUUUAUUCCUUUGGCGUUCUUGUCCUGGAAGUCGUUUGUGGGAGAAAGCCCGGUAACCAAAGUGAGAAGAAUAACUAUAACAACAGCAUUGUCAAUUGGCUAUGGGAAUUCUACAGGAAGGGAAGGAUCACCGACGCCGCGGAUUCCAGGAUGGAUGGGAACUUUGAUGAAAAAGAAGUAGAGUGUGCGCUCAUUCUGGGAUUGGCCUGUUGCCAUCCAAACCCACACUACAGGCCUUCUAUGAAAACUGUUUUGCAGGUUCUUACAGGGGAAGCGGAUCCCCCAGAGGUACCCCAAGAAAGGCCUUCGUUUGUGUGGCCAGCCAUGCCCCCAUCUUUCAGUGGAAUCGAUAACUCUCUUACAGGAAGCCAACUUACUCCAUUUACGGACCUUACUGGUAGGUAAAAUCCUAAGCUAGCGCAAAUUGCCUAAGGAAGUGAAACAAUGUUAAUUAUUUCCAUCAUUGAUUCAUUGCUUGUUUUUUGUUUUAUCUGUUUAGUCUACUAGUAGAUCAUGUGCUUGUAAAUACCGUAAGAGUGUUAAAAGUCUCUACUAUGUUUUACCCUUUUAGGGUUUCUUUUGGUCAGGCGCUCUUUAGACAUCUGAUCAAGUAUUAAAUAUUGUGCUAAGAGGUGUUUUAUCUUAA